AUGUUUAGAAGGAACAAUAUUGCGGCCAGAUUAUUCGAGCGGCAGAUUUGCAGCCCUGCUCCUGGAACUAGUUUCCACUGUGCUAGACGAUUUUACGAGAACAUAGUCCCAAGCCACACGAUUUUUGAUGUCGAGUGCCCCGACAUUCUUUUCCGUAAGUUCAGUGAGGAUGGGCAGUACCUUAUAACCUUCAGCCGGAAUCAUCAGGAUCUCAUUGUUUACCGACCAACUUGGCUCACCUUUUCAUGCAGUGAACAAGAAUGCGAAUAUAAUCAUGACCUCCCUCCUAAAGCCAAUAAAUUCGAGAGUUAUUUCUCCAAAUUGUAUGCUCUUAAUCUUGCUUCUACUGGUGAGCUCAUAUGCAAGGAUUUCUUCCUUUACGCCGAAAAAAAUAAGUUUGGAUUGUUUGCAACUUCGACUGCGCAAAUCCUGGAUGCGCCAGCUGUUGGGGGUGCGAUUCCAGGAGUCCCGUCGAUCGAGAAAAUAACUUUCCACCUCGUGAGAUUGGAGGAUGGAGUUGUACUCGACCAAAGGGUUUUCUGCAAUGAUUAUAUCAGUUUGGCGCAUUCAAUGGGUGCUUACUUGUACGAUGACUUGGUCGCUAUAGUUUCUUUACGCUAUCAAAGAAUACACAUUCUCCAAAUAAGAGAAUCGGGUAACCUUGUUGAUGUGCGGUCCAUUGGGGAAUACUGCCGUGAAGAUGACGAGCUGUUCUUGAAUUCUAGUGCUCAGCGCACGGCAAUCGCAGUCAGGAAUAGGACGGAUAUUGAUGAGGAUGGUUUUCAUAAUCAUCAGCAGCCUAUUUCAGAAGCUCCCUUCUUGGGUGGUUUAAAGCAGCGAUUGCUUUCCUUCAUAUUUCGUGGGAUUUGGAAUGAAGAAAAGGAUCCAGCACUCAGAAUGCAAUACCUGAAGAAAAAGUUUUAUUUCCAUUUCCAGGAUUAUGCUGAUUUGGGUAUAUGGAAGGUGCAAUUCUUAGACCGCCAUCACCUAUUGAUCAAGUUCGGCAGUAUUGACGGUGGAGUGGGGCGAAGUACGGACAAUAAUCCUGCAUUCUUUGCUGUAUACAAUAUGGAGACAACGCAAAUUGUUUCGUUUUAUCAGAGUUCGGCCGAGGAGCUUUAUGCAUUAUUUGAGCUGUUCUGUGACCAUUUCCAUACAUCUUCAAAGAGUUUGUUUUACAUGAAGUUUUUAUCGACUCAUUCGAACAACAUCCAUGCCCUCGAGCAGUUAAGAAGCAAUAAAAACAAGACUACCAGCUUCAUGCAGUUUGUGAAGAAGAUGUUAUCUGUUUUGCCUAUGAAUUGUCAGUCUCAGAGUCCAUCACCGUAUUUCGACCACUCCCUCUUUCGAUAUGAUGAAAAGUUGAUUUCGGCAACUGAUCGGCACAGGCAGUCGACUGAUCACCCCAUCAAAUUUAUUUUGAGAAGGCAUCCAAAGACUCUAAAAUUCAAGAUCCAUCCAGGACCUGAAUCCGGUGGCGUAGACACCCGGGCGAAAAAGAUAUCUUCGUUUCUCUUCCACCCGAUUUUGCCGCUAGCGAUUUCUGUACAACAGACCGUGUAUUUGCAUCCGGCAGUUGUAAAUAUUCAUUUCCGACUAUGA